AUGAACGACCUUCUUACUGAUUCAUUUGUUGGUGAGGCUACUAAUGGCCAGCCUUCUAGACAAGGUGAUAUUGAAAUGGGAAUGCAGGUUCCAGGAAGCAAUUCUGAUAUGGGAAUGGAAGCUUUUAAUAAACAGAUCCAAGACGCCGAUAAACAAAUCGAGAAGCUAUCUGUGCUACUUCAAAAGCUAAAGGAAGCUAAUGAGGAGUCAAAAGCUGUUACAAAGGCAUCUUCCAUGAAGGCUAUCAAGAAGAGGAUGGAGAAAGAUAUCGAUGAAGUUGGAAAGAUUGCAUAUGGUGUCAAAGCGAAAAUCGAAGCUAUCAACCGAGAAAAUCUGAACAAUAGACAAAAGCCUGGCUGUGAGAAGGGAACUGGUAUCGAUAGAGCAAGGAUGAAUAUGACAAAUUCCUUGACCAAAAAAUUCAGGGAUCUCAUGACAGAGUUUCAGACUCUGAGACAAAGAAUACAAGAUGAAUAUCGUGAGGUUGUGGAGAGACGAGUUAUUACAGUCACGGGAACUAGGCCAGACGAUGAGACGAUUGACCACCUGAUAGAAACUGGAAACAGCGAGCAAAUCUUCCAACAGGCAAUCCUUGAAGCUGGCCGAGGACAGGUAGUGAACACGGUAGAAGAAAUUCAGGAGAGACACGAUGCUGUGAAAGAAAUCGAGAAAAAACUUCUUGAUUUACAUCAGAUUUACCUCGACAUGGCAGUUUUAGUUGAUGCUCAAGGAGAAAUUUUAGACAACAUUGAAAGCCAGGUCAACAAUGCAGUAGAUCAUGUCCAGAGAGGGACAACCGCACUUCAAAGUGCUAAGAAACUCCAGAAGAAUUCCCGAAAAUGGAUGUGCAUUGCCAUCGUGAUCCUGUUAAUAAUAGUAGCUAUCAUAGUUGUCGGUGUUAUCAAACCUUGGAAGAGUAACAAGGGUGCUUGA